ACUUUCCCGAAAGCUUCUGGAGGAGUUGCUCUGCCUGCGAGGACCUGCCGGGCAGCGAAGCAGAGUGAGGCGCUGGCUCAGGCAUCGAGGCUUUGUACUUCUAACGACGACGUGCCGCUGCGCUUUCCUCUUCCCCUCUUUCUCCUCCUUCCAGCAGGCGCGGAGUAGGGCACGCCGCUAGGGAGAACGGGGACAUGGCUGGCGGCAACCACACGGCGGUGACCCAGUUCGUCCUCCUGGGACUGACAAGCCAGCCAAAGCUGCAGGCUCCGCUCUUCGUAAUCUUCUUCCUCAUUUAUCUCCUCACCCUGAUGGGCAACCUCGGGCUGAUCGCGCUCAUCAAGACAAACCCCCGGCUGCACACCCCCAUGUACUUCUUCCUCUGCAAUCUGUCUGUUGUUGACCUUUGCUACUCCUCCGUCUUUUCCCCCAAGCUGCUCGUUGGCUUCUUGGCGGAAGAGAAAACCAUUUCGUACUCCGCCUGCUUUGCCCAGCAUUUCUUUUUCCUCGUCUUCGUGACGGCGGAGGUGUUCUUGCUGGCUGCCAUGGCGUACGACCGCUACGCAGCUAUUUGCAACCCCCUCGUCUACGCCGUUUCCAUGCCCCGGAGGGUCUGCGUUCAGCUGGUGGCUGGGUCUUACGUCGGGGGGGUUUUGAACUCGCUCAUCCAAACGUGCUGCUUGCUGCCGUUGCCUUUUUGUGGCCCCAAUGUCAUCAACCACUACUUCUGUGACACUAACCCUCUGCUGAAACUCACCUGCUCCGAUGGCCGCCUCAACGAGCUUUUGCUGGUAACCUUCAAUGGGACCAUUUCCAUGUCCGUGCUCUUCAUCAUCGUCACCUCCUACGUGUACAUCCUCCUCUCCAUCCUGAGGAUUAGGUCGGCCGAAGGAAGGCACAAAGCCUUCUCCACCUGCACCUCCCACCUCCUGACCGUCACCUUGUUCUACGUGCCCGCGGGACUCAGCCACAUGCAACCGGCCUCCAAAUACUCGUUGGAGGCGGAGAAAGUCACCGCCGUCUUUUACACCCUCCUCGUCCCCAUGCUCAACCCUCUCAUCUACAGCCUGAGGAACAAGGAGGUCAAGGACGUGCUUAGGAAAGCCACAGCAAAGAACGUUUUCGUGAGCCGCCUGCUGACCAAACCGGCCCCCAUGGGUUGA